AUGUACGACGACCUUCUACGUCUGGAGCUGUCCGGGAAGCGUGCGAACAUCAUUGGAUUUGCGGAUGAUGUGGCGUUCACCCUUAUCGGGAGGGACCCACAGGAAAUCAGCAACCAUGCUACGAGGAACCUGGAGAAGAUCGAGCGUUGGAUGGAUGCAGUGGGUCUGAAGCUGGCCCAUCAAAAGACCGGCUACAUGAUCUUCUGCACGCAUCACAACCCGCAACUAGGUCAACUACAAGCGGGUGGACACACGAUCACUUCCACGGAAUCGCUCAAGUACCUCGGCGUCGAGCUCUGCCGCAAGCAGCACUAUGGCCGGCAUUUGGAGAAGGUCUGCACCAAGGCAACGCGUAUCGCAAAUGCCUUGACCGCUCUGAUGCCGAACAAGUCAGCAGUCUGA